AUUCAUCCUUUGAAAAUCUAUUCCAAUAAUUUUCGUCCCUACUUGACUUAUUCCUACUUGCUAGGUAUCUUUGUAGACGAGGCGAACUGAUCAUUAAAUCGUAUGGCUUCUUCUACGAUAAAAAAUUUCCGUCUUCUCUUCAUCCGGCGGUUGAUCUCCUAAUAAAAUCUUCCAAGGCACUUACAGGCUUUCUGAGCAAAAAUUUGACAGCGUAUUAAAACAUUUUUGGUCUCCAUGCAUGCUUGUACUCAGCAUACUCAUUCUGAGUAAUUCUCGUCACGCAACAUGCUCUAGAGAAAACGCGUUGCGUGACAAGACCAAACAAAGAGUACGAAGGAGACAUGGAAUACUUGUGAAGCAAAUCUCUACACGACAUAUUUCUACAUCUGAGAUCUUAGAUCAACAUGACACUUCUUUUCUCAUGUAAUCUUUUCGCUUUACAUUGAAAAGAGCUAUUAAGGGCAUGCUCGUACUGAUUACUCGAAAGAAAAUCACAACAAUUUAGUUUUUCAAAGCCCGGCCAUAAAUCAUUGUUAUCUGACAAAAUGAUCUCAGGGCUUUUUUUCUUACUAGGCUUUCAGUGACAGAUGAAAUAUCACGGCUGCUCGACCUAUACGACCCUCAAAGUAUUUCAGCCAAUGGACAAUAGAGUAUGAUGUCAGUAUCAAUAUUAUAAAUGAUCACCUGAUCGUUACUCGAAUUUUCACCGGAAGUGUUUCUAAGAAUCACUGAAGCUCUAGCUAUGGCUUUCUCAAGUGCAUCGAUUGUGACAAAGAACUCCUAUUCCCGAGCUUUAUCGCCUUUGGUUGCUUUAUCCACUCUCUUUGGACCUGGAGAGAGGCUCUAUUCAAAGUUACACUCUUGGCUUGGAGGACUACUUUUUGUCUCUUUGCUCGGAGGAAUGACUUUCGUGGCCGUCAUCGGAGUGUUUGUGCGGACAACCAUUGACACGUGGAUACAGUUUUCGCUUUACAUCGUUCCCCUUAUUGCUUUAGUCGCUGGAUUUCGCGUGUACACAUCCUCGGCCUUCUACAAACUUCUCCAGAGGAAACUGUGUGGUAAAUCCAUGGUGAAUGGCUUCGUGGAGUCUGAUCAGAACAUUCCGUGGCACGAGACAAAGAGAAAAUCAUGGCUGAGGAAAGCUGCCUUGAAAAACUGCCUAUAUCCAUUCGUCUUAGAAAUUUAUCAGUGGACUUCCUAUAUCAUUUUCCACACGGUUUUCCAAGGGGACAAAUUUGCGGGUUCUUGGACAGCGAGUCAUAUUGAAAAGUUCGAACUUGACUCAACGACAUGGUUAGGUCUGUAUGGUUUCUUCUGGGUAAUGGCUAUGUACCUAACUGGGUUUGUAGCUUACACUUUCAUUCUGAUUAGCCGGUUGACUGUUCGAGAUGUUGUUUGCUUCAUGUGUAUGUUUGGCGACAGUCCGUUUUUGAUGCACAGGCCCUCAGGGGAACAAAACCCAGUCUUGAAGAACCUCAGUCCGCUACGAAGGGUCAUAAAUGGCAUAUUUGGAUUUCUUUUCAUGGAUUUCUUGCAAACUGGAAAGGACAUUGUACUAGUUUAUGAGAAGGACACCCCAGUUUUAGAUGAAGUCGGGGUCACUUCAGGCCAAAGUAUUCCCGAGGAGGAGCGCUGGAAUCCACAGGAAUCACAGGUAUUUGAUGAUUUUUCGGCGUCGAUUGAUGUCACGCGACCAACACAAGGAAGGCUAAGUGUGCCAAAACGUCCACAAAUUACGCCAGUAGAUGCCAGCAAAUAUCUUUCCAGUGUGAUCGGUAGUGCUGAAGCUCUGGCAGGUCUUUUUCAGCCAUUCAUCGUUUUAAUAACGUUCUUUUCUGUGGCCAACUUUGUAACUCACGUGGGAGCCAUUGUAAGCCUUAUUGCAAACUUCAAAUCGUCCCAUUGGUGGACAUUUGUGAGGACAUGCAUCUGGCUUCUACUUUCCCUCCGGCUCCUCUGGAGCGCAGCUGGAAUCACUAAAGCCUUAGCUCACGUCUCACAGCAUCUCAAUUACCUCUGGUCUGUGGGUCAGCUACAUGGCAAUACAGAAGAGUGGCAGAGAUUUUUCAAGCUGGUCGAAUCGUUCCAUUUGGGGACCAAAACAUAUGGGUUUCCUCUCACACUGAAGCAAGCGGCAUCGAUCGCAACCUUUAUAAACUUCGCACUUAUCAUUGUGCUGUCAAUCAUGAAACCAUCAGUGCACUUACCAGCACGUGGUGACUAGCACCCUCUUAUAAUCAGGCAUAAGUGUAACGAAAAUAAGCGAAACUCAAGAGACGAAGUGUGCGCAGCAACCCGCAACCGUUUUUGACGUGUCACGCAGCGCACUCCUCGAGAGAAGCGUUACGUGACAUCCUAAAAAAGAGCUGGUAGGGAGACUAGAGGUAACUAACUACGCCGUGUGAUUGGUUUUGAAAACCAUCAUCACCUGUUCAACUAAUCAAAUGUAAACUAAAUUAGAUCCUACCUGUUUUCUCGCGCUUUGUGCGAUAUUUACUAGUAAUACU